AUUUGGCUCCGAGUUGGAGGUAGACGAACCAGCCGCCGGAGCGAAUUCGUCAAAAGGCUCGCCUUCGAUCCACCGUCUGCGUUCUCCUUGGCUUGCUCCGGUGGUUGGUGUUUCCGAUUUCCCCCGCUUUGGAUUCUUCCGUUGUCGAUUAGAGAGGAUGCUUCUGUGGUCUUGAUUGCAAACAGAUACAAAUUCGUCUCUUUGCUUAUUGGCAACUUGGCGCAUCCUCUGGUGGUCAGUUAUUGAGGUACGGAUUCAGUAGGUUUUCCUUGCUGGCGGUCGAAGCGAUUUGGCUGAUGGAUGCCGUUCCUGAGAGUUCACCGGCGCGAAAUCUGUCUGAUGGGGCUGCCGAUUUGGAUUUUCUGGAUCAGUUUUUCUCUGGAGAUGGCUGGUUGGAAUUUCCUGAAUUCCUUGAUGAAUUCCAAUCUGAUACGCCUAAAUCCAUCAGCCCCUUCAACCCUAUGAGCUUUUCGCCGCUUUUUGAGGUCAACGAUAACAACCCUAAUCCGGGUAUGCUGGAGACCUGUUAUCGAGAAGGCAUAGGGAAGCCAGAUGCAUCUACGUGUCUUCCCGGGGAUGAAUACAUGAACGAGAAUCUAAGCUCGGAGACAAGAACGAGUUGGCAGAUUCAACCAGGGGCUUCCAGUUUCUCUGUGGAAGAGAAAAUCGUACGGGUACUUGAUCACUUCAAGGAGAUCCAAAGGGAUGGAGAAGUACUAGUUCAGUUAUGGGUGCCUGUGAAGAGAGGAGACCAGAUGUUUCUUACAACGUACGGUCAACCUUUCUCACUCGACCCGAAUUGUGAGAGACUUGUAAACUAUCGACAAGUCUCCACCAGCUAUCAGUUCUCAGCCGAAGAGAGCUCUGGAAAGGCAUUAGGGUUGCCUGGUCGAGUAUUUAUAGGAAGAUUGCCUGAGUGGACACCAGAUGUUCGAUACUUUAACAGCUAUGAGUACCCACGUGUGGACUAUGCACAGCGGUUUGGAAUACGUGGAAGUAUAGGAAUUCCUGUUUUUGAUCAUGGUCGUCGUUCUUGCUUGGGAGUUGUGGAAGUUAUCAUGACAACUCAGAAAAUAAACUACACGUUUGAGCUUGAGAAAAUUUGCAAUGCUCUGCAGGAAGUAGAUCUUAGUAGUUCUUCAACAGUGAUUGUUCCACAGAUUAAGGUGAGUAGUGAUUCUUACCAAGCAGCUGUAUCUGAGAUUCUGGAGGUCCUAAAAACUGUUUGCAAGAUUCACAUGUUACCAUUAGCUCAAACUUGGGUACUAUGCACACAACAAGGUAAAAAAGGCUUCCGCCAUUCUGAUGAAAACUAUAGGGAAUGUGUCUCCACUGCUGAUGCUGCUUGUUAUGUAAAUGACCCUUCUAUGAUUGAUUUUUAUGAGGCCUGCUCCGAGUAUCACUUGCUAAAAGGACAAGGUAUUGUUGGUAGAGCUUUCAUCACAAAUCAACCAUGCUUUUUUCCGGAUGUUACCACUUUCAGUAAGACAGAGUAUCCGCUUGUUCACCAUGCAAAGUUGUUUGGUUUGAAAGGUGCUGUUGCAAUACGCCUUCGGAGUAUUCUUACUGGAAAUGCUGAUUUUGUAUUGGAGUUCUUUCUCCCUACAAAUUGCUUACUGAUUGAAGACCAAAAACUGAUGCUUGCUUCAUUAUCAAGAACUAUGCAACAUGUUUGCCAAAAUUUAAGGGUUGUCACCAAUAAGGAGCUAGCAGAUGAUUCGACAUUAUGGGUAAAUAAAAUGAUUCCUCCAAACUUUUUGAUGGAAAGUUCUUCGCCUGAAGCAGAACCAGGUAAAAUAGAUCACACUGUCACUACUAUUGAAGGUCAGAUAACAAGGAUGUCUAGGGAUGUUGCACCUUUAUCAAAUACAGAAGGAGGCUUGAAGAAAAAAACAAGCCAAGAUGAUCAUAAGGAUGAAAUAGAAAGAUUUGGUAUCAUAAGGGACAGAGAUGAUGUUGAAGUGAUAUCAAAUGCACUAAAUAUAUCUUCAAUGCAUAAGCAGCAUCCAGUAGACAUGGGCAAAGAUGAUAGUGAUAAUGAAAAUUCUAUGAAUUUUGGUAGUAGUAGUAAUCCGGUGGUGGCAAAGACAACAGCAAAGAGGCACAGAAAACCAGAGAAGAAUGUCAGUUUGGAAGUUCUUCAGAAAUAUUUUUCUGGUAGCCUGAAAGAUGCUGCAAAGAGUGUCGGUGUGUGCCCUACUACACUUAAAAGAAUCUGUCGGCAGCAUGGAAUAACUCGUUGGCCUUCCCGGAAGAUAAAGAAAGUAGACCACUCUUUAAAGAAACUGCAGGUUGUUAUUGACUCAGUUCAUGGAGCUGAUAAAGCCAUUCAACUAAGUUCCCUGUAUAAAAAUUUCACAACAGUACCCAUCUCAGAGAAGAAUUCAUCAGGAGACUCUCAAGAUAGAAACUCGUCAGGAGAUUUUCCAGUAUCCAAAUCGAUCCAACAUGACUGUCCAAAUACUAAUCAGGACGUAGAUGCUAGAUCAAGUCAUCACCAUUCAUCAUCUUCUCACUCAUCAUGCAGUCAAACUUCGACUCCAAGUCUCUCAUCUCCAGGUGGAGAACAGCACUGUAUUCAGAUUGCUAACCCUGGAAUGAAGCAAGAAGAAAACCAUGAGAAAAUUAGUGGUAUUCCUCAGGGAGCAAAUAGGGAGAUGGAUUUGCAUCUGUCAUCUCAAAGCACAUGGAUUUAUCCUAAUGAAUUUCAGAGUCACAAAUCACUUGGAGAGCAUUAUUCUUCUUUGGAGCCUACUGGAAAUCUUAAAAGCAAUUGGAUGAUAGUAAAAGCCACAUAUGGUGAAGAGAAAGUUAGGAUACGAUUAGAUCCUAGUUGGAACUUUGAAAAGUUGAGACAUGAGAUCUUGAAGAGGUUCAAUAUAGUUGUUGAAAAUUCUGUGAAUCUCCAUUACGUCGAUGAUGAGUCGGAGUGGGUUUUACUAACAUGUGAUGCAGAUCUUCAGGAGUGCAUUCAUAUAUAUAGAUUGUCAGAUGUUCAAACAAUAAAAAUUUCUGUCCAAGAAAUUGGUACUCAUGGACCAUAGCAUCUCCAUGUAACAUCUGAUGGAGUUCAUCAUUUGGAGGCCAAUCUGCUUUCUUCCAGCUAUGGAAUUUUUCAAUGAUGGCCUGAUCUUAGCAAUGAUCUGUGACCAUGUAUCUAUCAGUGUGGAUUGUUGGCCAUGGACUCUCAAACACAUGCAAUGCUCCAUGCUGAAAUGCUAAUGCUCAUUGAGACCGUCCUGAAUAUGAAACAAAGUAGCACGCUGAUACAAAAAGUGAAUUGAUCGCUUAAAAAGAAUUUAUGGAAUUAACUAUUCUUCUAACAACUUACAAGAUAGAUUCCUUAUGCUCAUUCUCAAGGGGAAAGACUUGUUAACAAUGUAUAAAGAUCAAAGGCAAAAUAAACUAUAGAUGCAAUGGGUUUCACAUUUAUCAUGCUUGCAUCCCGAUUAAAGAUCCAAUUGGUUGUUAGCAUGAACUUUGACAGACAAUUACAGAGAUUGUUGGAUUUUUAGUGUGCUCCAUUGAUUCAAGAUCAACAAACUCCAGAGUCAUGAUGGUAAGCAGAAAAAAUAACAUCCUCAAAAAGGAUCUGAACAGAUGCUAAUACUGGCUACUGGCAAGGUUACAGACUAUGAACGAGUAAUUCCAAAUCAACAGUUAUCCAAAUUCAAACGCAUUGGAGUAUUGCUCAGUUUUGUGCAAUAAUUUAUCUUGAUGCAAUGUUAAUACUUUUGUUUAAGGUCCAUAGUAUUUACAAUUCGAUUAAGUUCCAUGAUUUCAGCGGCGUUGUCUAUUUCCAAGGUUUUAGAUAUUUGAUAUUGACGGAUAGAUUUACUAUGCAGUUUUGCCAACCAAAAUCUGAGCUCUAGUUUGGUAGCUUGAUGGAGACAUGGAGUUUGAGAAAUGUCCUCACAGAGGAAAAAGAAGCGAUGAAAAGAAGCAGGUGAGCAUCAGGAGGGCUACUGGAGCUCCGUCUCCUGUUUCUCACUGGAAGAGACAAGGGAUCUGGAACCUUCAAUAGAACGAUCAUUCACUCAAUGGACUUCUCCUACUUGCACAAUGCCAUUGUCCCUGCUCUGAUCAAAAGAGAAGUCAGUGUAAGAUGGUUUGCUGAUGGAAAUGUUGAUUGAAAAUAGAUUCAAUCAACAUCUAAAGACACCCGAUAGAUUUGUUUCUUUCAUCAUCACUAUUACUUAUUGGAGCUGAAACUUCCAUGCACAAU